AUGUAUGAUGGUGAAAGUAAGUGGUUGAUGCUUGCCGAAGUAGUAGAACACUACAAGCUACAAGGAAUAGAGCACUUCUACCUCUAUGUGAAGGACUAUGACAACUAUACAUAUAAGCUAAUCAAUGACUAUGUCCGAAGCGGCGAUGCUGAAGUGAUCUUUUUCCGAACGGAACGAAAUAGACCAGGAAACGAAUGGCAACCUGUAGGAAUACAGGACUGUCUACAACGAAGUCGUCACCAUUCUCGUUACGUUAUAUUCUCGGAUCUUGACGAGCGCCUAACUCCAAAUGGAAAAUUUCACCUGAAUGGUUACGUUAAGUGA